AUGGAGGUCUUCUCGCUCCAGAUCAGCAGGAAGCUUUGGAACGUCCCGACAAGCGUCCUGAGUGUCCCGUCGUCGUUGCUGCGAUGCGCAUACCUGGCCAGGGCGCAGGCACCGACCAUGGUCUUCCACAGCCAGAGAUCCCGCGCGGCAGGGUCUCUCACCUCUUGGAUUGUCUCUUGCAGGUCCUGCGCGAGGAAGAGCAUCAUCCUCCUCAGCACACGGCACUCAAUCGGCUCGCCUGCAUUCCAGAUCCCCAGGAUGCAGUCGAGGUAUAGCUCCGAAGCUGUCGCGAUCCCGCCCCAUGACGAGAUGAAUACUUCAUCCCCAUCGUCCUUAUGGCGUCGUGGAAACGCAUUGACCUGCGAGCUCACGAGCGCAAAGGCCAGCUUUGAAGCUGCCCCGUUGAUCCAGAUCCAGCCUGGAUCGUUGGCCAGCUGCUCAGGGCUGAGCGACGGCAGAGCCGACGCCGAGGCGGUCAGCAUCCGCAGAGAGGUGAUGAUGGACGAGGCAUCUACAGGGCCGAAGGCGCUUUCGUCCGAGGAUGCCUGGAAGAAAGGGAUGAAGAGCAUGGCUUUCAUGAUCAUGUCUAUGCUGCCGAUGCCCUGCGUGUUCCACUGCUUGAGCAGCGAGAUUAGCUUGGGGAGGUCUGCCCCUCCGCCGCGUUUGAUGUGGCAGAGGAGCUUUUUGCUGCCCUCGAUGCGGCUUUUGAUGCUGUGCAGUUCGUGGAUAUUUGAUGUCCAUCAGAGAUACGAGGCCAUCUCGGUGCGUUUCAGCAGUAAAGGUGUUGCCCAACGAACACUUUGA